AUGUUAGACGACGACAAAAAGAGCAUUGCCAUCAGGGUCGGCAGGUAUUCUCCCCUUCUGGAGAUUGGUGCAAACAACACGAUUGAUGUCUUCCACAAAUCGAUUCGGGACUUUCUCCUGCAAGCUGCCGAGGAGCGAGAAAAUUUCUGUCUCAAAAGCCACAGGCAAGCCCACCGAGAUCUUGCUGUUUUGUGUAUGAAGGUCAUCAUUCACAAGGAUGAAUGGCUCAGGGCUCAACAGCGAGAGAACAGGUCUCUUCCUAGCAUUCGGAUUUAUCUCGGAGAACAUACUUUCCUCCUCUACUCCGUUCGGUACUGGCGACAGCAUCUUCUUGAGGCUAUACCGCCCCAAACACCACGCCACAAGAUUGACGAAGAAAUUCUUUCAGGCGUACAUGGAAUUGUCAAGAUGUGGAAGGAUGACACACCCUUGGAGGUCCUGAGCGCAUUGGGUCUUGACGCCAUACUUCAGGUAUUUAUCGAGUUGUCCCAGAAAACUCCGGCACCAAGGAUUCGGAGGCCGACAGAGAGGAUCAACGACGCAGUCAGGUUGGCCAUUCAGGGUGGCCACGAGGGCUGCUUUGACAUAUUGUGGGACCGUGAUAGCCUCAACGAGCUUACUAGAGAUCGAUCGAUCUUUAAGGACCACGACUACUUUGGAAUGAGUGCGCUUUACGCUGUUUUUGCCUACAAUUACGGUCAGACGUUUAGGAUAGUAUCGCUUGGACUGAUGACACUACUGCACUGGGCCGUCACCCGUCCGUCACGGCGUGCUCACUUUCCUCAUGAGGAUGGGGAAGAGGACAUAACAGAAGAUAUCAUGAGAUCAUUACUACGAGGCGGAGCGGACAUUCGACGGGAGAAUUCGCGCGGCAUCAGUGUGUUGCAGUGGGCAGGUCGCGAGAGGAGUCAGAUACUACAGGCCAUCUUCUCUGGUCUGGAUGGUGUUCAGCUCAUACAAAUCCGCCAUAACGCAAACAUUGACCAUUCACCACUUUGGCAACCAUUGGGAGAUUUAGAGACGGAUUCACCUGGUCGCCUCGUACCCCUCGCCAACGCGCCGUGUACCCAAAUUCGACAACGAGAUGUCGAAGAAGUCUGUGAGACCUCAGAGCCUCAGCCUGCGCGGGCGAACUUGUGGAUUCGCAUCAAGCGUCGCUUACGUCUCGACCAGGGGAAGUUCAAAAGGUAG